AUGGUUGUUGAUCAAGGUGUAAUUAUUGUAGAACAAAAUAUUGACUGGUUUUCUCGGCCACCAUCAACACUUCUCAAUAAUUUUUUUGAAAUCCAUCCAAUUCAAACUACCAGGGAUCCUAUUAUUGUGAAAUCUUUUGUACGGAAAAAUGGAACGAAUCGUAAAUGGUUAUCUUACUCUGAAGGCAACGAUGCAUUAUAUUGUUCAAUAUGUUUAGCAUUUUUACCAACUGUUGUAAUGAGUUCUUUUGUUUGUGGAAUGGCAAAUAGAAGACACAUUCAUCAAAGAGUUGAUGAACAUGAAAAACCAGCAUCGCAUAACGAAUGCACAGAAAACUAUUUCCAACAUGUAUCUAGAUCCAACGUCUCAAAUUUACUGUUUUCUACUCAAAUUUCUGUACAUCGAGAGCAAGUUCAAAAGCAACGUCUUGUGCUCCUGCGGGUGAUAGAAAUUAUUAAAGUAAUUGGAAAACGUGGUCAUAGUUACAGGGGACAUGAGUUUGAAGCUGCUUAUACAUUGUCAGAUAAUUCAAUUGAUCGUGGAAAUUUCUUAGAAAUGGUGUUACUUACCGAUAGUUGCAUUGAACAGAGUGAAAAACGGAAGAACGCUGGAAGUACUGGAAGAGGUUCCAUGGUUACUUUUCUUUCAAAAACCACAAUAACAAAACUCAUUCAAAUUACGAGUCGUUCCAUACAGCAAAUCAUUGCAAAAGAAAUUAACUCAGCUUGUAUGUUUUCAGUUCAAAUUGAUACAACAGAAGAUAUAACAAAUAAAAAUCAAUGCUCAAUAGUUGUGAGGUAUGUAACUGAUCAGAUUCACGAAAGAUUAUUAACUAUGAUUGCGUGCGACUCUUCAACUGGCGAGUAUCUGUGGAGUUUAGUAUCUGAAACUUUAAAGACAUUGAACAUUGAUAUUUUAAAGUGUGUUGGUAAUUCAACAGAUGGAGCUGCUAACAUGAAUGGUGAGUAUAACGGUUUCGCAGCAUGGAUGUUCAAAGAAAAUCCAAACCAAAUACAUGUAUGGUGUUAUGCUCAUGUUUUAAAUUUGGUUAUUUCAGAUACUUGUAAUGUCGUUUUAUCCAGUAUUUCCUUGUUUAAUUUGUUGAAUGACGUAGCAGUGUUUAUUCGUGGAUCAUAUAAAAGAAUGAAUAUUUUUGAAACAGAAAAUCAGAAUGAUAUACACAAUCGCAGAAUUUCAACUAUUGGUGAAACACGUUGGUGGUCAAAGGAUGCAGCGUUAACAAAAAUAUUUGGUACCUUUGCCAAUCUGCAUUCUAGUUUCUACGUUGAACUUGUAGUUGCAUUGUCUCAUAUUGAAGACAAUUUAAGUUUCAAAUCUGAAGUUCCAGUAAAAGCAAAAGGCUUCAAAGAAGGACUCCUUAAGUAUGACACAAUUUUAACUGCACAAAUUUUUUUACGGGUUUUUCAGUUGACGACACCGCUCUCAAAAUAUUUACAAACAGUAAAUAUGGACAUUUUGGUUGCAUACAACAUGGUUCCAAAAACGAUAGACACAUUGAAAAAGUAUUUAGAGGAAUUUGAUAUAGUAUUGAAAGCUACUAAUAAUUUUGUCUGUAAAGUUAAUGAAAAACUUGAACAACAUGAAUUAGAAGCAGAGAAUACUCUACCAGAAAAAAGAAUUCGAAAGAAAAAAGUAUUAUCAGGCGAAACUCGUCCAAGUGAAUUUGAAAUUCAUUCUGAUGUACUUAACUCUUAUAAAGUUAAAGUUCAUGAUGUAAUAUUUAAAAGAAUAAUAGAAAGCAUGAGCAAACGUUUUAAAAAAAGUCAAGAACUUUAUGCUGAUUUUGCUAUUCUAAGUCCUUCAAAUUUUGAACAGUUGAAAGCUCAUAGUGUACCAACAUCUGCUUUAAAUAAAUUGAGUGAAUAUCUAUUGCCGUUUGAUGAAGAAGCUACAGCAAAAAAUUUACGUACUGAGCUUACUAGUUUUGCUUCAAACUGGAAUAAUAUCAAAGAGUCACUUUUGAGUACAUAUGACAUAAUGGAUAUAAACAAAGAAAGUGUUGAGGAACUUGAAUAUAAUUGUCGAAAUUCAUGUACUGCCUGUGAAAACUGCACAGUUUGUUGCUACCUUAUUUUGAUUCAAUAUAAUUUAAUAAGUGAAGCAUACGCAAAUAUUGGGUUAGCUUAUAAAUAUACUUUGUCACUUCCAUUUACGCAAGUUGCAUGUGAAAGAAGUUUUUCAAUUUUAAAGUUCAUCAAAAAUCGUUUGCGUAGUAGUAUGGCUCAAGAAAAUUUACAAUCAUUCAUGCUCAUGAAAAAAGGAAAUUCUAAGCAAUCUUAA